CCCCCACACUCAGCCCGGAGGGGGCCUCAGCCUUUCCACCGCUGCUUUCUAGUCCUUUAAAAAUCCUAGAGGCAAACUUUUGGAAGGUUGGUGGGGAAUAAGGAAGGCUGGGCGGGGCCUGCGCUUAACCCUGUCUGCCCCAGACGGACUGCGCUGGACUGAGCGGCGACUCCGCGCCCGUUUGGGCUCCUACCAUGGCCCCCGAGAGGGGCUGACACUUCAGUUCGGUGCAGGUGAGAUCGGGCCCGGAGGAAGGAGGAAGACGGCACGGGCCUGGGAGCCGGAGGCCGAGGCGGGCUCCGAACCCAGGACGCGGCGUCCCAGCUUGAGCCGAACCUGAGCGCGCCGAGCCUGCUCCACAAGGACCCCGAGAUGCCGGUGCUGAAGCAGCUGGGCCCCGCGCAGCCCAAGAAGCGACCGGAGCGUGGCACCCUCUCCAUCUCCGCGCCUCUCGGAGAUUUCCGGCACACGCUGCACGUGGGGCGUGGUGGCGACGCCUUCGGGGACACGUCGUUUCUAAGUCGCCACGGUGGGGGGCCACCCCCCGAGCCCCGGGCGCUACCUGCAGGAGCCCCGCGUUCCACACCCCCGCCCGCCGUGCCGCAGCCGCCGCCGCCCGCUCUCCGGGCGCCUGCUCCCGCCGACCCGCUGUUGUCCUUCCACCUGGAUCUGGGCCCCUCGAUGCUGGACGCAGUGCUGGGCGUCAUGGACGCGGAGCGCCCAGGGGCCGCGGCCGCCAAGCCCGACGGGGACCCCGGGUCCGGGCCUCAGCACCCCAGGGCUCGCUGCCGCCCCAACGCGGAUCUCGAGCUGGAUGACGUCAUUGGCCUGUAGGCCGUGGGUUCCCCGCGCCCUUGCCGUCCUGCACCCCAGUUCUUUAUACAUAAACGGCCAAGGUCUGUG